GAAAAUAAUGAUGGUGUCAUGACUCAGAGUUUUAAGAAAACGUCUUUAACGUACAAUAAACUAGUCGUUGUAUGUUGUGUCGUUUUCUCUGCCUUGAGUUCUGUGUUGUUGCUGUCGAGUUGCUUCCACCUGCAUGCAAAUGGUUGGGAUCGCAGCAAACUAAUGAAUCUUUUAGAUCUUCUGUUUGCAGCUCUUUCGUGGAGUGCCAUCUCUUUCUACCUGUGUAGAAAUUAUCUUUCAACUCAGAAGAUUCCUCUUCUGCUUAGAGUCUGGUGGGUUUCCUUUUUCAUGGUUUCUUGCUGCGGUCUUUCUGUAGACAUUGUCCUAUACAAGAAGCAAGAACUGGAGUCUGUUCACCUUUUAAUAUAUCAUGCAGUGGCUGUUACCGUGGGGUUGUUUCUCUGCUAUUCAUGUUUGCAGAAGAAGCAAGGAGAAGGUGAAAAGAUCAACCUACUCGAAGAACCGCUCUUGAAUGGAGCCGAAGAAGAUAAUGAGGUUAUUACACCUUUCUCUAACGCUGGGUUUCUAAGCCACAUGAGUUUCUCUUGGAUGGGUUCUUUAAUCGCCUUGGGAAAUGAGAAAAUCAUAGACAGCGAGGAUGUUCCUCAAGUUGACGAUAGUGACAGAGCUGAGAAACUGUUUUGUAUAUUUAGGAGUAAGCUUGAUUGGGACGAUGGUGAAAGAAGGAUCACCACGUUUAAGCUUAUCAAGGCACUCUUCUUUUCAGCGUGGCGAGAUAUUCUGUACUCAACUCUGUUUGCUUUUGUCUACACGAUAUCUUGCUACGUUGCACCGUAUCUCAUGGACACUUUCGUCCAGUACCUGAACGGUAACAGACAGUAUCCAAACGAAGGGUUUGUUUUAGUGACAACUUUCUUUGUUGCUAAGCUUGUGGAAUGCCAAGCAAGGAGAAACUGGUACUUCAGGUUGCAGAAAGCUGGGAUUGGAAUGAGAUCGGUUCUGGUCUCAAUGAUCUACGAAAAGGGCUUGACCCUUCCUUGUCACUCGAAUCAAGGACACACCAGCGGCGAGAUCAUAAAUCUCAUGACGGUUGAUGCAGAGAGGAUCAGUGCUUUUAGUUGGUAUAUGCAUGAUCCUUGGAUACUUGUCCUACAAAUCAAUUUAGCCUUGUUGAUCUUGUACAGAAGCCUUGGGCUAGGAUCAAUUGUAGCUUUUGCUGCAACUUUUUUAGUUAUGCUUGGGAACAUUCCCUUGGCCAAGUUGGAAGAGAAGUUUCAAGGAAAUUUAAUGGAGUCUAAAGAUGAGAGGAUGAAGAAGACAUCGGAGGUGUUACUAAACAUGAGGAUUCUUAAACUUCAGGGAUGGGAGAUGAAGUUUCUUUCUAAGAUUCUUGACCUUAGACGCAUUGAAGCAAGCUGGCUUAAAAAGUUCGUGUAUAACUCGGCGGCUAUCAGCUCUGUUCUGUGGGCUGCACCUUCUUUCGUGUCAGCAACAGCUUUUGGCGCUUGUAUGCUUCUGAAGAUCCCCCUUGAAUCAGGAAAGAUACUAGCGGCUCUUGCAACGUUCCGCAUUCUGCAAACUCCAAUCUACAAACUUCCAGACACAAUCUCGAUGAUUGUUCAGACAAAGGUAUCUCUUGACAGGAUCGCAACUUUUCUCUGUCUUGAUGAUUUGCAGCAAGAUGUUGUGGAGAGACUUUCUAGUGGAAGUUCAAAAAUAGAUGUGGAAGUCAACGAUGGUGCUUUCUCUUGGGAUGAAUCUUCUCCCAUCCCAACGCUGAGAGACAUAAACUUCAAAAUCCCUCAUGGGAUGAACGUUGCAAUAUGUGGUACCGUUGGUUCAGGAAAGUCAAGCUUGCUCUCAUCCAUACUUGGUGAAGUUCCCAAGGUAUCUGGAAAUCUCAAGGUUUGUGGAAGUAAAGCAUACAUUGCACAGUCGCCUUGGAUCCAGAGUGGGAAGGUGGAAGAGAACAUUCUGUUUGGUAAGCCAAUGCAAAGAGAAUGGUAUGAAAGGGUGCUUGAAGCAUGUUCUUUGAAUAAAGACUUGGAGGUGCUUCCGUUCCGUGAUCAGACGGUGAUUGGGGAAAGAGGUAUCAAUCUAAGUGGUGGACAGAAGCAGCGGAUACAGAUUGCACGUGCUUUAUACCAAGAUGCAGAUCUUUAUCUGUUUGAUGAUCCUUUUAGUGCAGUAGAUGCUCACACUGGUUCACAUCUCUUCAAGGAAGUCCUACUGGGGAUUCUGAGAAACAAGACAGUCAUAUACGUUACUCAUCAACUUGAGUUCUUGCCUGAAGCUGAUCUUAUACUGGUCAUGAAAGAUGGGACGAUCACGCAAGCGGGAAAGUACAACGAGAUUCUUGACUCAGGAACCGAUUUUAUGGAACUUGUAGGAGCUCACACUGAUGCCUUAGCAGCAGUUGAUUCGUUUGAAAAAGGAUCUGCUACAGCACAACCAACUACAAGCAAAGAAAACAAAGUGUCCAAUGAUGAAGAAAAACAAGAGGAAGAUUUGGCUACCCCAAAAGGACAACUAGUUCAAGAAGAAGAGAGGGAGAAAGGCAAAGUUGGUUUCACUGUAUACCAAAAGUAUAUGUCACUGGCUUAUGGAGGAGCACUUGUGCCUAUUAUAGUGGUCGUACAGUCUCUCUUUCAGAUUCUAAACAUCGGUAGCAACUAUUGGAUGGCAUGGGUAACUCCUGUUUCUCAGGAUGUGAAACCUCCGGUGAGUGGCUCCACGUUGAUUGUAGUCUAUGUAGUUCUAGCCACUGCAAGCUCCUUUUGCAUACUUAUUCGAGCACUGCUGGCUGCGAUGACUGGUUUCAAGAUAGCUACUGAACUCUUCAACCAGAUGCAUCUCCGCGUUUUUCGUGCCUCCAUGUCAUUCUUUGAUGCAACUCCAAUCGGGAGAAUUUUGAAUAGAGCUUCUACAGACCAAAGUGCCGUGGAUUUGAGAUUACCAAGUCAAUUUUCGAAUCUUCUUGUUACUGCUAUCAACAUUUUGGGGAUUAUCGGAGUGAUGGGACAGGUUGCUUGGCAGGUUCUUAUUGUCUUCAUCCCUGUCAUUGCUGCAUGCACCUGGUAUCGACAAUAUUACAUAUCUGCGGCUCGGGAACUGGCAAGACUAUCUGGAAUAAGCAGGUCGCCUUUGGUACAGCAUUUUUCAGAAACACUUUCAGGGAUAACAACUAUCAGGAGCUUUGAUCAGGAACCAAGAUUCCGAAGUGACAUCAUGAGACUUAACGAUUGCUAUUCUCGACUAAGGUUCCACGCCAUUUCUGCAAUGGAGUGGCUCUGCUUCCGCCUUGAUCUCUUGUCUGCUGCUGCAUUUGCGCUUUCACUUGUUAUCUUAGUUUCUAUCCCGGAAGGAGUCAUAAAUCCAAGCUUUGCAGGAUUAGCCGUUACAUAUGCACUCAAUCUGAAUAGUCUGCAAGCCACGCUAAUAUGGACACUUUGCGACCUUGAGAACAAAAUGAUAUCUGUGGAGAGAAUGCUUCAGUACAUAGACAUCCCUAGUGAACCGCCUCUUGUGAUUGAAUCAACUCGGCCUGAAAAAUCAUGGCCUUCUUGUGGAGAGAUUACUAUUUGUAAUCUACAGGUAAGAUAUGGGGCACAUUUGCCUAUGGUGUUGCGUGGAUUGACUUGCACUUUUCCUGGAGGCUUGAAAACGGGUAUUGUUGGAAGAACAGGAUGUGGCAAAUCCACUCUAAUUCAAACCCUUUUUAGGAUUGUGGAACCAACAGCAGGAGAGAUCAGAAUCGAUGGAGUUAACAUCUUGACCAUUGGGUUACACGACUUGCGUUCUAGACUAAGUAUCAUACCUCAAGAUCCAACCAUGUUUGAAGGCACGGUUCGUAGUAACUUGGACCCUCUUGAGGAACACACUGAUGACCAAAUAUGGGAGGCACUUGACAAGUGUCAGCUCGGGGAUGAAGUAAGGAAGAAAGACCUAAAGCUAGAUUCCCCUGUUAGCGAGAAUGGACAGAACUGGAGUGUUGGUCAGAGACAACUAGUGUGCCUGGGACGAGUCUUGCUGAAGAGAAGCAAAGUAUUGGUUCUUGAUGAAGCCACUGCUUCCGUAGAUACUGCCACUGAUAAUCUAAUCCAGGAGACCCUGAGGCAACACUUUCCGGAUUGUACAGUGAUAACAAUCGCACACAGAAUAUCAUCAGUUAUAGACAGCGACAUGGUCCUGCUCCUAGACCAAGGGCUUAUCAAAGAACAUGAUUCACCAGCGAAAUUGCUUGAAGACAAGUCAUCUUCUUUCUCAAAGCUUGUGGCAGAAUAUACAGCGACUUCGGACUCCAGAUUCAGAAGAAGCUGCUAGAAUUUAAAAACAAAAAACAAAAAUCAGACACAAACGACUAUGUUUGUCAUGUUUCUACCCAAAAUUGAACUAAAGUUUGUAAUGAAAAAC